GGUUCCUGUCUCCGUGAGUAGAGGGAGUCUGAAGGGGCCGGGCCCACAUCGGAGAAAUGGCGAGUGUGGUGAAAGCGAACGGAUGUGGAGCGACAACAGAACCCACUCAGCCGCGGGAGGAACCGGACCAGGGCGCGGCCAGAUGGGGUCCACAGCACGCCGGCGCACGAGAGCUGGCCGGCCUGUACUCGCCAGGCAAAAGAUGUCAGGAAUGGAUCAGUGUCGUCCUCUGCUUCUCUCUCAUGGCCUUCAACUUUAUACACCUUCUUGCCAAUUUCCAUUUGGGACACACGUGGUCCAUCCUGCUGGGCAUCGUGGCAGGAAUCCUCACGGCUGACUUUGCGUCAGGACUUGUCCACUGGGGGGCUGACACGUGGGGCUCUGUGGAUCUGUUCAUCUUUGGAAAGGCUUUUAUACGUCCGUUCAGAGAGCACCACAUCGACCCCACAGCCAUCACACGUCACGACUUCAUCGAGACCAACGGAGACAACUGCAUGCUGACCAUUGUCCCGCUGGCAAACAUGGCCUUCAACGUCCUCACCCUCUCCCCCGCGGAGAUUUAUCAUAUCUACCCGUGGUACUGCUACUUGUACGCACUGGCCAUCUUUGUGACCCUCACCAAUCAGAUUCACAAGUGGUCCCACACGUACUUCGGCCUCCCUCGUUGGGUGGUGUUCCUGCAGGACUGCCACAUCAUCCUUCCUCGCAAGCACCACCGCAUCCAUCACGUGUCCCCUCACGAGACGUACUUCUGCAUCACCACAGGGUGGCUGAACUACCCCCUGGAGAAGCUGGGUUUCUGGAGAACCUUGGAGGAUCUGAUCCAGAGCGUGACGGGGGAGAAGCCCCGAGCAGACGACAUGAAGUGGGCUCAGAAAGUGAAGUGACGACCCGGACCGACGUCGCCCUACCUCAGAACCUCGGGCUCCGCCCAGGCGUUCUCGUCUUGCCUCACUUAAAACUGCACGUUAGUUUUUUUUAUCCACGAGAUGAAAAACUAAACGUUUCUGAUGCCAUAGCUUUACGUCUUGCACAUUUUUCUCGUUUUCCAAACGGAGGGCUUCAUUUGCAGAGUUCUUCACAGCUCUCUGAUCCGUUUUCCAAACUGCAGUUUAACUUUUGACGCUCUAAUCCACUUUCUUGAGGUUUUUGAGUUAUCCUUCUGAAAUCAUAUUUCAGGGAGAUGAGACGAUUUCACCGUCUCAGAAAAUUCAAACGAGUGCUUGGAAAACGUUUUUUCUGUUCUUUUCUAGAACUCCAACUCGACUCACAUUUCACUCGUUUCUGAUUUAUUCUCACUCUUUCAGAUGACAUGAUUGAACUUUGGUGUGGUUUCUUCCUUCCCACUGUGCUUUUGAUGAGUGAGGAAGACGACAGGACGAAGGCCACGGGCUAGUUCACAUAGGAUGACCGGAAUCUUUGUUCACAGCUUCAGAUCAAAUUUCUCCACUUGCUGUUACAUUUGUUGUUUACUUGCACACGUUUUGAGUUGAGCAGCACGUUUUGAGAUGCUUCAAAUGAUCCGAUGUUUCUGAAACACAGCCAUAGGUAACGAGUUUCGAUUUGCAGAGAAGGAAAAAUCGACGCUCAUGAUGAGCAAUAUGGAAUAAUUAGAGAAGAAUAUUUUUGGAACUUGCGUUAAAAG